GAUUUCAGUCUGGAUUCUGGCGAAGCGAUCCAUCCUGGCAAGUCGUUCCUUCCUUCUUUUCCAUCCUCUGUUUUUUUUAUUUUAUUUAAUAAUUCUUGCAUUGCUUUAUUGUUCAUUUGGCGCCCGUGCUGCUGCCAUUGCUCGAUCUUGGUCUGCUCUUCUUUGUCUGUCUGCGUGUCUGUCUUUUUUGCAGCCUAGUAGUGCAGUGCGUCGAUGGCUGGCCGGGUUGAUCUGCCGCCGCUGCUGCCCACGCCCGCGUUUUCAUCUUGGACGUCGACGCGCUGCCUCGCCCUCACGCCUGCUCCUGCCGUGUACGCGCCUCGAGUGGAGCUGGACGCCAAGAAGCAGCAGCCCGGACGCGCCUCGGUGAGCCAAAGCUGGAUCAGAGACAAGACGCUCCGCCAUGACGUGACUUUGAACAGCCUCGACCGCGGGCGCGGGGAGACGGCGCCGGCGAGGGGAAACUGGAAGAGGCCGGCGAGCCGCGCGCCAUCCGUGGACCGGUGCGGCAAGAAGCCGAGGCCUCCAGCUGAGAUGGUGACAGAGUCGAAGGCAUCACUCUUCGCUAGCGUCGCUCCUUCGAUCGACCGGUCUGAGAAGAAGCCUCUGACUAAGAUGGAGGUGGAUUCGGAGGCAUCGUGCUUUGCUGGCCCGACAUUCAUCUUGUCGCCGGACCCGAGCGAGCUGCCCAUGCCGACCUUCCUCUACAAGCACAAGCUAGCUAAGAACAGUCGCUCCGAUGCCCAUUGAUCGGCAAGACUGAAGUUGUUUUCAGCAUGCAGCUAGCUCGACUAUGCUCCAAUGGAUGCAUGCAAGAAUAGGUCGCUAGAGUGUUUUCAGUGUGUAGCUAGGUGGACUAUGCUGAAGCAAGUCCAGCAAAUUUGAAGCUGUUUUCAGUAUGUAGUACUACUAGCUAGGUGGACAUGAUUAAUACAAUUAGGAUUCGAAGCUGUUUUCAGUAUGUACUAGCUAGGACAUGAUUAAUACAAUUAGGACUACCAUUUACUUACUUAUUCUCGAGCUUGGCACUGGUCUUAUCUGCGACUGCGAUGGAAUGAGACGAUCGCCUUCUG